AUGCCUCUAGAUACUCUGGAUCUUCAAGCCCACGAUGCGCCUUCUGCCAAAGACCAUACGCGACAACCUUCACAUCCUUCACCCUACGGCUUUGGACCAGCCGCACCUCAUCAAGCCCAAACAUUGCGGCACGCCGAGGAAGAGGCCUAUCAGCAACAGCACAUCAGUCCGCGGGCUUCAGAAGAGGGCGCCAACAGCGGCUUUCUGCCCGACGACCAUUUCUACGACAACCUGGAUGAUGACCCAGACAACGACAACGUAACUUCCCAGAACGGAGCCAACGGGAAUGGAUACCACGGGCAAGACCUUGACGACGGUGAAGGCAGUGACUCCCAGGAUGAGGAUAUGGAUGACGAUUUAUUGGACAAAAUAUCGAGCUCGCCUUCGAUUGAAGAUGGUAAAUACACCCUACCCCCUUGGCCCCCGCGAGCGGACUCGGUGGAUUCUGGAGCUUCCCCGGCUUCCCUAUCGACGCCGACUCGAGGCAUCUUUCCUUCUUCGUCGCCUUUUUCUUCUACCCCUGAGCACUUUCCAUUGCGCCCAUCGCAAUUCGUCCAACGAGCAAGUCAUCAUGGUGAGUAUGAGGAGGAGCAGGGCCAAACGGAGCAAAAUCACAUCUCUGGCUAUGGACGCGAUACUACGCCUUCAGGUGACUGCUCGCCCAUGCCUCGCAACGCCGCGUCGUCCUCUCAACAUCAAGAUUUCCCCCUGUCCGAUUCCCAGGACUUCCAGAGGUAUUUGUUGCCUCUGGUCGAUCCAGUCUUGGCCAGCACAAUAAAUACUGGCCCUGAUUAUCAAGAGGACUUCAUGUACGAUGACGAUGACGAGGACGACUGGGAAGACGACGAAACCUGCCUACCAUGUUCCGAAUCGAGUUCAGAUGAUGAUGACUCUCACUCUCUCCAAUUUUGCCUUGACGAUCGCUUUAUUGAUUCUGGUUGGGGAGGAGAAUGCUUACGAGAAGUAGAGGACAUUGACUUCGAAUUCGUAUAUGCCCUACAUACCUUUGUUGCAACAGUCGAAGGCCAGGCCAACGCUACCAAAGGUGACACCAUGGUGUUGCUAGAUGAUAGCAACAGUUACUGGUGGCUCGUUAGGGUUGUGAAAGAUGGCAGUAUUGGCUACCUACCGGCCGAACAUAUCGAAACACCAACCGAACGAUUGGCCCGACUAAACAAGCAUAGGAAUGUUGAUCUAUCUGCUUCUAUGCUCGGCGACAACCCAGAGAAAUCAAAAAAUCCACUCAAAAAGGCAAUGCGUCGAAGAAAUGCGAAGACCGUACAGUUCGCUCCACCCACAUAUUAUGAACCCGGUGAGUAUGAUUACUCUGAUGAGGAGGAAGAGGAAGAUGAUGAAGAGAGUCACCUCGAGCAUAUGGGCUUGGACGAUUCCGACGAGGGUGAGGCUACAGACGAUCAGCGAGAAGUUUCUGCAGUGAGCGAUCCCCAGGAAUCGCAUGAGGCAGUCACUCUGGCUGGAAUACAACGAACCACCAGCAACGACAGCUUGAAGGACGACCUCUCUUCAAGCGCUACAAUUGCACAGAAGCCAAAUAACAGUCUGGAGCAACCACAGAGCGACGAGCCAGCCCAAAGAUCGCGAAAAGGUGUCGUCCGAAAUACCGACUCUUUCUUCAAAGAUGACACAGUUGAAACGAAAAAGAUCUCGCUUACUCCACGACUUCUCCGAGGCGAUUCAGAAGCUGGUGAGCCUGUCGAGCAGGAAAUACGUCAACAGCCAAGUCUGGAAACUUUCGACAAGGUGGUGGCAUCUGAUGAUAAAUCUAAGGACAAGAAAAAGGAGAAGAAGGGUAUGCUGAGUGGUCUGUUCAAGCGCAAGAAGGGCACCAGCCAUGAGGACACUGAAAAAGCUGUGGAAGAACCUCGCCAGCCACCCCAGGCGAAAGAGUCUGUGGAGUCGUUGUCAACCAAGACCGAACUUGGCCCAGAGAGAAAACCGAGCAAACUGCAAAAGGCACCUCCGAUCAAUUCGCCCAAGGCUUCACCCCCCGAAUCAAGAGCUGUACAACGAGAUGCGCCCGAACCCUCCCAAGGCGCUGUACUUCCUGCCCCGACAGGGCCAGCACCCGCACCACCCACGGUCCGAACGGUUGAUUUCGCGACUCCACAGUCGGAAGCAGUGAGGAAGCCUGAAGUGGGACAGUCUCAGGCGCCUGUCCAAGUCAACAGGUUCCCUUCUCUUACUGAAAAGAGAUCGUUUUUCGCGCCCAUCACCAUGGCACUGAAAUCUACCCCUUCAACAGGUUCAGAUGGUGGGUUCGGCCACAAGCCAACUUAUUCGAAGAGAGCUAAGGAGCGAUUUGCAAUAGACGACAGUGACUCUGACGGAGACGACGAGACACCCAAGGCUGAAGUACAGGAUCGACAGAGUAUCUCUCCUAUCUCGAAUGCACAAGUCAUACGCCCUCGGUCGGAUUCGGCCAUGCAAGUUUCGCCCAUAGAGCCUCCAUCUCCAAUCAGGUUUGGAAACAGCAAGUAUGGCGCCCGUCAACCAGCAACAAUGUCCUCGUCUCCUCCGCCACUUGAUUUUAAUACAGGGGACUCGGACGGGACUGCCAGCACUUCGAAGCCGUCGCCAUCCAGUGCUGCCCAUACUCCAUCAACUUCAAGGUCUACUCCAACAUGGUCCGACGCGUCUCUCCGAACAUAUAUGGAGAACGACCAAGAUAUUAAGGACCUGCUUAUCAUUGUACACGACAAAUCAAACGUCACGCCGGUCGGGCCCGACCAUCCUCUUAUGCACGAUCUCUUCUCCCAAGAGCGGACAAAACUGGCGGAUAUGCAGUCACAACUUGACAACAUGUUGAUGCACUGGAUAUCCAAAAAGAACGCGAACGUCCUAUCAUCGGCCGUAAGCUGA